UCAACGAGUCUCUGUCUGAAACUGUAGAGCGAGCCAGCGAACACAAGAGAAGCCGUGAAUUCCAACGCUUCGGUUUUGGCGUGUGCCGAGUUUGCUGGUAGUUUCCGGCGAGUUUUCCCCCCAUCUCCGCCGGAAAGUACUUUCUUCCCCGAUUCAACAAACUCAAUUUCACGAUUCUACAACCUGAUUCAUUCAUUUGUAUCUCGAUGUGAAUUUCACGCCUCCGAACACAAUGGCGGAAUUCCUCACCGGCUUCGUGCUUCCUUCGCUGCUUCUAACAGCUUCUUUAAUCAACUGGAGUUUGAUCUCUCUUAUUGAUUUGAUAGCCUUUCUUCUCAUUCUGUAUAAUGUAUCACAAUUAGGAUUUCAUUUCCGAAGGAGGUUUUUGUUAUUGUGGUCAAUUGUUAUAUUUUCUGUUGUUGCAAUACUUUCUCAAGUGACUUAUCUGGUAAUAUGGGCUGUUAAACAAACGUCUUGGAGCAUAUCAGAUGUUUGGUGGGCAAAGCUGAUUGGGUUUAUGACAAUUCAGUCUUGGAAAUAUCCUUAUGUAAUUUAUUUCUUGGUUAUACAACUGCUCGCACUUCUUGUUGCUUUAUUUGAUAUAUAUGGGAAGAGGCAUUUUCUAAAUACAUGGCAAGACUCACGUUGGGGUCAUUUUCUAUCAAUUGUCGAACAUUUAGGUUCUCAUCUUCGAGUGGCGUCUUGCUUGCUGUUGCCUGCCGUUCAGCUAAUUGUUGGAAUUAGCCUUCCGUCAUGGGCCUCACUGCCUUUUUUCAUUGGUAGUUGUGUUGGCCUUGUGGAUUGGUCUUUAACGAGCAACUUUCUUGGGCUUUUCAGGUGGUGGAGGCUUCUUCAGCUGUAUGCAGGUUUUAAUAUUUUCUUGCUUUACGUGUAUCAACUUCCAGUGGAACAGCCAAGUGUGAUUCAUCGGAUGGCUGAUUUAAUUGGUCUUUACAAAAUAUCCUCAAAUUCUCAGUGGCCCGAAAUUUGUUCUUGCCUUUCUCUCGUAUUUUACUAUAUAAUGCUCUCUUUCACUAAAUCUGAUUUGGAGGAGAUGAAUUUUAUUAUUUCCAGGACAGAUUGUAGCUUGACGGAGCAACUUCUACCCUCUAGGCAUUCAUUUUUCAUCCGUGAAUCAAGGUCUGGUGUGAGGCACACAAAUGUUUUACUCAGAGGAGCUGUUUUUCAGACUUUCAGUAUCAACUUUUUCACGUAUGGUUUCCCGGUUUCCUUGUUUGCACUUUCCUUUUGGAGCUUUCAUUUUGCGAGUUUAUGUGCAUUUGGGUUACUUGCUUUUGUUGGCUACAUUAUCUAUGCCUUCCCUUCCUUAUUUCGUCUGCACCGAUUGAAUGGGCUACUUCUCGUCUUCAUCCUCUUGUGGGCUGUUAGCACCUAUAUAUUUAAUGUGGCAUUUACAUUUCUGAAUUGGAAACUUGGACGGGACAUGAAAAUCUGGGAGAUGGUCGGUCUGUGGCACUAUCCAAUACCUGGGUUUUUUCUUCUGGCACAAUUUUGUCUUGGAAUUUUGGUUGCAUUGGGUAAUCUUGUGAACAAUUCUGUUUUCCUCUACUUGUCUGAUGAAGGUGGGCAAUCUUCAAAUGACAAUGUAUCAGUAAAAGCUGAGGGUGAGACUAAGGCAUUGAUCGUGGCAACAAUAGCCUGGGGAUUGCGCAAGAGCUCUCGAGCUAUCAUGCUGGCAUUGAUCUUUAUCAUUGCUAUAAAACCCGGUUUCAUUCAUGCAGUAUAUAUGAUCUUCUUCUUGAUGUAUCUUUUGAGCCACAAUGUCAGCAGAAAAAUGAGACAAGCACUGAUUCUUCUAUGUGAGAUUCAUUUUUCCCUGUUGUAUGUUCUUCAAAUUGAUUUGAUCUCCGCAGCAUUGGAGAAAAAAGGUUCUGUUAGCAUGGAAGUUGUAAUGCAAUUAGGCCUCCUUGAAGAAGAUAGUGCUUGGGAUUUCUUGGAAGUAGCUUUACUUGCAUGCUUUUGUGCAAUUCAUAACCAUGGUUUUGAGGUGUUAUUUUCAUUUUCAGCAAUCAUACAGCAUGCCCCCAGCCCUCCUAUUGGAUUUGGCAUCUUGAAAGCUGGUCUUAACAAAUCUGUUCUUUUGUCUGUAUAUGCUUCCUCCUCUGUGAGAAACAGUGAUGAAAGUUUCUCUAAUGAAAGAAGAAUAGCAUCUUACCUGAGUGCAAUUGGGCAGAAGUUCCUUUCUAUAUACCGGUCUUGUGGCACCUACAUUGCUUUUCUGACUAUUCUUUUCACAGUGUACAUGGUGAGACCUAAUUACAUAUCAUUUGGCUACAUAUUCCUUCUCCUUCUAUGGAUUAUCGGAAGACAACUUGUUGAGAGAACAAAAAGACAGCUUUGGUUUCCAUUGAAAGUGUAUGCAAUUUUGGUGUUUAUCUUCAUAUAUACUUUGAGCAGUUUCUCAAGCCUUGAGAUGUAUUUGUCCAAAUUAAUAGAUCUCUAUUUUUAUCUGGGAUACGACUCUAAAGCAUCUUCAUUUCAUAAUGUUUGGGAGUCUUUGGCAGUCUUGGUUGUUAUGCAACUUUAUAGCUAUGAGAGAAGACAGAGCAAGCAGAUCAGGCAGGAACAAAAUCAACUGGAUUCACCAGAGCCAGGGAUACUUGGGUUUAUCAGGCGAUUUCUUAUCUGGCACAGCCAGAAGAUCUUGUUUAUUGCUCUGUUUUAUGCAUCUUUGUCCCCAAUUAGUGCAUUUGGCUUCUUGUAUCUUCUUGGCUUAGUCUUCUGCUCCAUUUUACCUAAAACUUCUAGUGUCCCGUCCAAAUCAUUCUCAGCAUACACAGGUUUUCUGGUGACAGCUGAGUACCUUUUUCAGAUGUGGGGCAAGCAAGCUGAAAUGUUUCCUGGGCAGAAGUACUCUGAUAUAUCUCUUUUUUUGGGUUUCCAUGUAUUCCAGCCAGGCUUUUGGGGUCUCGAAUCAGGACUGAGGGGAAAAGUGUUGGUCAUUGUGGCCUGUACCCUUCAAUACAAUGUCUUCCGUUGGUUGGAAAGGAUGCCAAAUACAGUUCUAUGCGAAGGAGAGUGGGAAGAGCCUUGUCCUCUAUUUGUGUCCACAGAAGAUGCAUUUGAUGAUGCUACUCCAUGCAAUAUGGAAAGUAAAACAUCAUGCAAUUCAUAUCCCCCUUCUUCAAUACAAGAAAAUGUGUCUAGCAAGUCAUUGAAAAUUACAACUUCUGGUUUUUCUCAAGCACGUGAUAUUUCAUCCUCUAAAACUGGAGGUUCUGACAGUAACAGCAGAAAAUAUUCAUUUGGGUUUAUCUGGGGAAGCAACAAGGAGAGUCAUAAGUGGAACAAGAAGCGGAUUGUUGCUUUGAGAAAAGAUCGAUUUGAAACACAAAAAACUGUCUUAAAAGUAUAUUUGAAAUUUUGGAUGGAGAAUCUGUUUAAUCUGUUCGGUCUAGAGAUAAACAUGAUAUCAUUACUACUGGCAAGCUUUGCCUUAUUGAAUGCACUAUCCAUGCUGUAUAUUGCACUGCUUGCUGCUUGUAUUCUACUUAAUCGGCAAAUUAUACGGAAAGUCUGGCCCAUAUUUGUCUUUUUGUUUGCUUCCAUUCUCAUCCUGGAAUAUUUUGUCAUCUGGAAGGACAUGUCGCCUUUAAGUUCCCAUGAUCCAAGUGAGAUUCAUUGCCAUGACUGCUGGGAAAUUUCAACUCUGCAUUUUGGUUUUUGUGAGAAAUGUUGGAUUGGACUUGUGGUCGAUGAUCCUCGGAUGUUGAUUAGCUACUUUUCAGUAUUCAUGCUGGCUUGCUUCAAACUUCGUGCUGAUCGGCUGUCUAGCUUUUUAGGAUCAUCAACAUAUCGUCAGAUUCUGUCUCAACGUAGAAACACAUUUGUCUGGAGAGAUCUCUCUUUUGAAACUAAAAGCAUGUGGACAUUUGUUGACUAUUUGAGGCUUUACUGCUACUGCCAUCUGUUAGAUCUUGUGCUGGUAUUAAUAUUGAUUACUGGAACACUCGAGUAUGACAUUUUGCAUCUUGGUUAUCUUGCCUUUGCUCUGGUAUUUUUUCGCAUGAGACUUGAAAUACUGAAGAAGAAGAACAAAAUAUUCAAGUUCUUGCGCAUAUACAACUUCUCUGUUAUUGUUCUUUCUCUUGCUUACCAAUCUCCUUUUGUUGGGGGACCAAGUUCUAAGACUGGGAAGUGCGAGACAGCAAAUUACAUCUUUGAGAUGAUUGGUUUUUAUAAAUAUGAUUACGGUUUUCGGAUUACUGCAAGAUCUGCAAUUGUAGAGAUUAUCAUUUUUGUGCUGGUAUCACUUCAGUCAUAUAUGUUUUCCUCGCAAGAGUUUGAUUAUGUAUGUCGCUACCUGGAAGCAGAGCAAAUUGGUGCAAUUGUACAUGAGCAAGAGAAAAAAGCUGCAUGGAAAACUGAUCAACUACAACAAAUUCGUGAAAAUGAGGAGAAAAAAAGACAGCGAAACAUGCAGGUGGAGAAGAUGAAAUCUGAAAUGCUCAACCUGCAAAUACAACUCCACAGCAUGAACACAUCCACUAAUUGCAUUGAUGGAUUUUCUCACCCUGGUGAGGGUCUAAGAAGGAGGAGGAGUACUUCUAUUACAUCAAAUAUUGGCUUUGGAAUUCCUGAUAAAGAAGACCAGGGUCUGGGAAGACUAGAUUAUGCAAUAAGAGAGGAUUCUGUUUUUCCAAUUGAACGGCAUGAAUCGUCUACUUGCCCAAAUGUGGAAACUCCAUUAACAGAGGAGUACAUGAAGUAUUCAGUGGAUUCUCCGUGUUGUGAAAUUACUGAAAUAGAUAUUGAUACUUCUUCUAGUGAUUCAGGAAAAAAGGAGAAAGUUAUAGGGCAAGCAAAAGAAAACCCACUGAAGUCUGCUGUACAACUAAUAGGUGAUGGUGUUUCCCAGGUGCAGUCCAUUGGAAAUCAGGCAGUCAAUAACCUAGUGAGCUUUCUGAAUAUUUCACAAGAAGAUUCUGAUUCAAAUGAGCACACAAACAUUGAGGACCAGAUAUAUGACGAGAUGGAGAGUCAGAAAACGCAGCAUAUAUUCGUGGAGCGUUCUUCAUCUUUGCAGUCUGAUAAGAGUUCUGAUGCUGCGAGUCUGCAGUUAGGAAGGAUCUUUCGUUAUAUAUGGUACCUAAUGCGUUCCAAUAAUGAUGUAGUAUGUUACUGUUGCUUUGUUCUGGUCUUCUUAUGGAACUUCAGUUUGCUAUCAAUGGUGUAUCUUGGGGCUCUCUUCUUGUAUGCUCUAUGUGUAAAUACGGGCCCAAGUUACAUCUUCUGGAUUAUUAUGUUGAUCUAUACAGAAGUUUAUAUUUUACUUCAGUAUCUGUAUCAAAUUAUCAUCCAGCACUGUGGACUGAAUAUUGAUCCCUCUCUGCUGAGAGAAUUAGGUUUUACAACCCACAAAAUCACGUCUUCAUUUGUUGUCAGUUCAUUACCUCUCUUUCUGGUGUAUUUGUUUACCCUCAUUCAAAGCUCUAUAACACCUAAAGAUGGUGAGUGGAUGUCUUCUACUGACUUCAAAUUUAAGAGGAAUGGUCUCCACACAAAAGAUAACCCCACUCGAUACAAUUGGCAAGAGAGAGCAUGGGCUUUGCUAAAUCAGAUGACUAAUAUGGUAAUGUGGAUAAUCAGAUGCUUUUAUAGGUACUGGAAAUCACUCACACAAGAAGCAGAGUCUCCUCCUUAUUUUGUUCAGGUGUCUAUGGAUGUCAACUUCUGGCCUGAGGAUGGGAUUCAGCCAGAGAGGAUUGAAUCAGGAGUUAAUCAGUUUCUCAGAGUUGUCCAUAGUGAUAAGUGCAAGGAAAAGAACCCAAAUGUUUGCUCUUCUUCUAGUAGGGUUAAUGUUCAAAGGAUUGAAAGAAGCCAAGAGAACCCCAAUGUUGCUCUAGUUGUUUUGGAGGUUGUGUAUGCAUCACCCGUUCUUGAUUGUUCUUCAGCAGAAUGGAAUAAGUCCUUAACUCCAGCAGCUGACGUAGCCAAGGAAAUCCUCAAAGCUCAGCAUGCAGGUUUUGUGGAAGAAGUGGGAUUCCCUUACCGUAUUCUUUCUGUAAUUGGUGGAGGCAAGAGAGAAAUUGAUCUGUAUGCCUACAUAUUUUGUGCAGAUCUAAUUGUAUUCUUUCUUGUUGCCAUCUUCUACCAGUCUGUCCUAAAAAAUAAAAGUGAGUUCCUAGAAGUUUAUCAGCUUGUAGACCAGUUUCCGAAAGAAUAUGUCUUUGUUUUGAUGGCUAUCUUCUUCUUGAUUGUUCUUGAUCGUAUAAUAUACCUCUGCUCAUUUGCCACGGGGAAAGUGAUUUAUUAUAUUUCCAACCUCAUUAUCUUCACAUAUUCAGUUACAGUGUAUGAUUGGCAAUUGGAGCCAUCCCAGCAACAUGCAGCUCGGUUAGCUCUCCGUGCCAUAUAUCUUGCAAAAGCAGUUUCUCUUGGACUGCAGGCUGUUCAAAUCCAUUAUGGCAUUCCUCACAAGAGCACAUUGUAUCGGCAGUUUUUGACCAGUGAAGUUUCACGAAUCAAUUACUUAGGGUACAGAGCUUAUCGUGCUGUGCCAUUCCUUUAUGAAUUACGAUGUGUACUUGACUGGUCAUGCACAACUACAUCCCUCACCAUGUAUGACUGGCUAAAGCUUGAGGACAUAAAUGCAAGUUUGUACCUUGUCAAAUGUGAUUCAGUCUUGAAUAGAGCUACACACAAACCAGGAGAGAAGCAAACAAAAUGCACCAAAUGCUUCAAUGGAAUAUUGCUGUUCUUUGUAUUAAUUUGUGUUAUAUGGGCUCCAAUGCUGAUGUACAGCAGCGGUAACCCCACAAAUAUUGCAAACCCAAUUAAAGAUGCUAGCUUUCAUGUUGAUAUCAAGACAGAGGGUGGAAGGUUGAAUUUGUAUGAAACUACUCUAUGUGAAAGAAUCCGGUGGGACUCACUAAAUUCUGAUGUAAAUCCUGACCCCUAUGGCUAUUUGGAUGCAUAUAACAAGAAUGAUAUCCAGUUAAUAUGCUGUCAAGCUGAUGCUAGUACAUUGUGGCUUGUUCCGCAUGUUGUUCGGACCAGAUUGAUUCAGUCCCUUGAAUGGUAUACUGACAUGGAAAUUUUUUUCACUUGGAUGCUUUCAAGGGACAGACCAAAAGGAAAAGAAGCUGUGAAAUAUGAAAAGGCUGUUGAUCCUCAAUAUCUUCCAGCAAAGUCUGAUGUUCAAAAGGUUCUUAAUGGAUCUAUGAACAGCUUUAGGAUUUAUAAUGUUUAUCCAAGAUAUUUCCGUGUCACUGGUUCAGGUGAUGUUAGACCAUUGGACGAGGACCGUGAUGUUAGUGCUGAUCUCAUUAUAAAUCAUGAUCAAUUUGACUGGUGGUCCUUCAAAGAUAUUAAUCCAUCAAAUCUAAGUGGGUUUUGUGGAGGUUUGACGGGACCUAUGGCUAUCAUUGUAUCCGAGGAAACACCACCACAGGGUAUUCUUGGUGACACACUGAGCAAGUUCAGCAUAUGGGGGCUUUACAUAACCUUUGUUCUAGCGGUUGGACGCUUUAUCAGACUCCAGUGCUCUGACUUAAGGAUGAGAAUUCCCUAUGAGAACCUACCUUCCUGUGACAGGUUGAUAGCAAUCUGCGAGGAUAUAUAUGCUGCAAGGGCUGAGGGUGAGCUUGGAGUUGAAGAGGUCCUUUAUUGGACACUAGUGAAGAUAUAUCGGUCCCCGCACAUGCUGCUUGAGUACACCAACCCUGAUUAAAACUUUCUGGGUUGAGUACUAGCUUCUGGUCACCAAACGCUAACUAUGCUCAAGGCUAACUUUCAGAGCUCAGAGCAGUACCAUUCAAGGUUGAAGCCCCCCACAGUAAGAUUUGUGUGUUUAUAUUUCUUUUCAUCUAAAUCUUUUGAGAGACAUGAAUUUCCAUUAAAAGUCCUUUUAAGUUUUGCUAAUGGAAAUCCAAACACAAACACUGCAGCAUUUUUUGUGCGUUGCUCGUCACAGUUUUGAAUCACACAUUGGCGAGGAUGGCAUUGUGAUUUAUGACUGUAAUUAGACACUGAUUUCAGUAUUCUUUUUUGGGGGGCCAAUCAUGUAUACAAUGUACAACGCAAUCAAAUCCAGUUACAUAGUGAAGUAAAUAUGUAUAGCUGUUAAUGGGA